AUUGCUCUCGCCUAGCAUCAUGUGAUUACAGUAAGAAACAUGGCGGACGAAGACCAAAACACAGAAGUUCAAAACAACGAGGAGAAAGGAGAGAAUUCAGCGGUGACAGCAGCUGAACCAAGUCAUGAACCAAACCAGAACCACGGAGAACAGAAGGAGAAACCGGCUGAAAGCUCCUGGUCGGCACCAAUUCUGUCUCUGGCUCGAAAAGCGACCGAGACUAUCAGCAGUGCAGGAUUGAGGAACUCAUUUUCAUUAUACGAUCCUGUUCAACCCAAACCUGAUUCACCCAGCAAUGAGAAUUCCUCCUCGGACUCUGCUGGUUUAUUCAAACCUGCAAUUAAGGAUCCAAUGACAGUUGAAAGGUCCAAUUUGUUGAGCAUGAUGAAGCUGAGUAUAAAAGUUCUGAUCCAGUCUUCACUCAGCCUAGGCCGAACGUUAGAUUCAGAGUAUCCACCACUGCAGCAGUUUUUUAUUGUACUGGAACACUCCCUUAAACAUGGUCUAAAAGUAAAGAAAUCCAUUAUCGGUCAUAAUAAAUCAGUCUGGGCUCCCUUGGAAUUGGUGGAGAAACUGUGUCCAGAGUCUGCUGAUCUUGCCAUGAGUGUGCGAGAUAUGCCUGGAAUCAAGACUGGACUUGGACGAGCUCGAGCCUGGUUUCAUUUGGCCCUCAUGCAGAAGAAAAUGGCUGAUUACAUGAAAGUUCUCAUAAACAGAAAAGACCUGUUGGGGGAGUUUUACGAGCCAGGAGCUUUGAUGAUGGAAGAAGAGGGCUCUGUGAUUGUUGGUAUGCUGGUGGGGCUGAACGUCAUUGAUGCUAAUUUGUGUGUCAAAGGAGAAGAUCUGGAUUCUCAGGUGAACGUCAUUGACUUCACACUGUACCUAAAGGACUUACAGACAGCUGAGACCCCACAAGAUGAAUCCAAACUAACCGCAAUUCUGGACCAGAAGCACUACAUUGAGGAGCUAAACCGCCAUCUGAGCUGCACAGUGACUGAUCUUCAGGUCAAGAUGGACUCACUGGAGAAAACCAACUGUAAACUCAUAGAGGAGCUCUCAGCAGCUACAGACAGAAUCAAUUCACUAAAAGAGGAACAUGAGAAGCUCCGCCAGGAGAACGACAACAUCCUUCAGACCAGCCAAAGAAAAGAGGCGGUGACUCUGCAAGACAGUCAGGUGGAGCUGGAGACCUACAAGCAAUCACGACAGGGUCUGGAUGAAAUGUACAAUGUAGUGUGGAAGCAGUACAAGGAGGAAAAUCGUAUUAGGCAGGAGCUGCAGAAGGAGCUGGAGCUACAAGUGGGUCUGAAGCAGGAGAUGGAGGUCGCCAUGAAACUACUGGAGAAAGACAUUCAUGAGAAACAGGAUACACUGGGUGCUCUGCGCCAGCAGCUGGAUCAGGUCAAGACUCUUAACCUACAGAUGUUUAAUAAGGCCCAGGAUGUUGACACAGUGGUACAGAGGAAGGACGAAGAGGCUGUGAGACUGGAACAGAAGAUGAAAGAGAUGGAAACAGCAAUGAAAGAGAUGGAACUGAGGUUGCAGAACACAGAGAAUGGCUGCAAGAACACAGAGGAAAGCCAGAAAGAUCUGCAGUCAGAAAUGAAAGGGAAGGUGGAGGCUCUGCAGAAACGGCUCACUGAACUCGAUACGAUGAGAGCGGGGCUGGAGGCAGAGCUGAGCAAGGAGAAGGAGCAGAGGCAAAACCUGCAGAUGACACUACAGCGAGAACAGGACAGCAGUUCUGAACUGCGCACACAGUUGCAGCAGCUGCAGGGCUUGCAAGUGGAGCUGCUAGACCUGCGGCAGGAGAAGAAACAGCUGCAGCAGCUGUGUGAAGAGCAGGAGCAGGCCCUGCAGGAGAUGGGCCUUCAUCUCAGCCAGUCCAAACUGAAAAUGGAGGACUUCAGAGAGGUCAACAAAGCCUUAAAGGGUCAAGCCUGGCUGAAAGAUGACGAGGCUACACAGUGCAAACAGUGCCAGAAAGAAUUCUCCAUUGCUCGCAGAAAACACCACUGCAGGAACUGUGGGGACAUUUACUGCAACAGCUGUUCGAGUAACGAGCUGGCUCUGCCCUCGUACCCCAAGCCAGUCCGCGUCUGUGACGCCUGCCAUUCCUUACUGCUUCAGAGAUGCUCCAGCAGCUCCUGAUGUGACCGGUCAUAGGGCUGAUUUUUGGUGCAGAAAGAACACGUUGCCAUUUGUAAGAUGUAAAAAAAUGUAUGCAAAUUAAUUUCUUCUACAGGAAGUAAUCAAUCAUAUCUAAAAGAACUUAUAUAAUGCAGAAUGAUGAAAUGAUGGAAGGAAUUCAUUUUAGGGAGACUACUAACACCUGAAAAUGACAACUGUAUCCUUCCACACAUCUGCAAAUGUGACUAUUCAGAACUUCAGAUGUCUGAAAAGGUGACAGCAAAUCAGAUCAGCAACAAAUGCACCAUACUAUCCUACUGAAAUCAGCCUUAAUGAAAGCAUUUAAGCAAGGGAAGGUCAUGCAUGUUUAAAUAAGUGAAACAAUUCCUACUGGGUUUGAGAGCUACUUUCUGCCUGGUUUAUGCUUGAACGAAUGAGUUUUAUAAAACAACAUGCUUAACUAUCCAUACACCUGCAGGUGCCAUACUGGGCUACCUGGACUAACUUGGAUUGUGUCUUUACAGUUAUAUGGUGUGAAUAUACAGUACAAAACAACAUGCUAAGACACAUGGACAGCUUGUUUUUGUGUGAUUGUAUGAUGGCCAUGUUUAAUUUAAAAUGAAGGUGAUAAAGGUAAUCGUUCCUUUUAAACACCACCUCCACCAGAAACAUUCUCAUUACAAAAAGUGCCUCUAAAACUUUAUAGUUUAACACAUUUACACACAGUCGAAAUCAAAUCAUGAACCAGGCUUCACACUUACAUUAGAACGUUAGACAAAUCACUUCAUUACUUCAUAUUCAGUAAGAAGGUGGUUGAAAGUAUCUUUACUCUGCAUGAUAGUCUGCAAGACACGAUGAACCAGCUCUACAUGUUUAUUUACACUUACCACUGUUUAGUGGGAACUCAAACCAGGUUAAAUCCUGUAACACAUCCUGUAACAAAUCUAAUCAAUUAUUUAUGUUCUUUUCAGUUACUAUUAAAUGACAUAAAACCUAAAAAAGCAACUGAUGGGUGAAGGGUUAUUAGUGUGAUAAGCUGUAUAGCAGUAUACAGUAGCUGAUGUAAUGUUUCGUUAUGAUUAUUUGCACUUGAUAACAUUAAUAAUAAUAAUUUAAUAAUUAAAUAAUAAAUGUAAUAAUUUUAAUAAUAAUUUUUUUAAUUAAAAAAAAGACUGGAAAAUGUAAAUCAACAUUUUAAGAAUUUCUUUUUUCUUUUCAAUUUAAAGUUUCUGUAAGGCAAUGAAAUCAAAAUGAUAAGGUUACAUCACAUGUAUUUGAACAGCUUUUACAAUAAAGUUUUUAAAAUGGU